UGUACACCUAAUGGUAGUUUUUAAAAGGAAUUCAUAGGUCAGACACUUUGUAGUCAGAUUCUGGAGGAUAUAUAUAUAUGAGCAAGAAGGAAAGUAACCAUCUCCAGAGGACCAACACACCCGAACACAUUUAGUGAGAUUACUGUUCAUCCUAACCAGCCAUGAGGGUGGUCAACAUUGGACCAGAUCCAUCUUUGGCAUAUCGGCCAAACUUGGAAAACUCCAAAGAAAAAGAAGAUUACAGAAACUUUGUGGAUGGAAGUCUCUUCAACAGAGUCUUUAAAACUUACAGUGUGAUGCACACCAAUCAGACAGUGAACUUUGUUCAGCAAAAGCACUCUGAAUGGACCCACUGCAGCCACUCUCAGAUGGGAAUGAUGGACGCCAUUAUGUCUCUGGACCAGCUGGUGGACGAAUCUGAUCCCGACGUCGACUUUCCCAACUCCUUCCACGCUUUCCAGACUGCUGAGGGCAUCCGCAAAGAACAUCCAGAUAAAGUCUGGUUCCAGCUAGUGGGGCUGAUCCAUGAUGUUGGGAAAAUCUUGGCCCUGUGGGAUGAGCCGCAGUGGGCUGUAGUGGGAGACACGUUCCCUGUGGGUUGCAAGUUUCAAAACUCGAUAGUGUUCAGAGACAGCACCUUCCAGGACAACCCAGAUGAGAAAAACCCAAGAUACAAGACUGAAUACGGGAUCUAUGAACCCAACUGCGGUCUUGAUAAUGUGCUUAUGUCCUGGGGCCAUGAUGAGUAUCUCUACAGAGUUAUGAAGUUCAACAACUGCCCCAUCCCAGAGGAGGGGCUUUACAUGAUUCGAUUCCACUCCUUCUACCCCUGGCACUCCCACGGAGAUUACACCCACCUGUGCAACGACAAAGACCUGCAGAUGCUGCCCUGGGUCAAAGAGUUCAACAAAUUCGACCUGUACACAAAAACCACAGAUUUGCCCAACAUGGACGAGCUAAGGCCUUACUACCAGUCUCUGAUUGACAAAUACUGCCCCGGAGUCCUGCAGUGGUGAACCAGCAGCGGCGUGAUUACAAAGUGGAAAUAUCAGCGACUCAAUGUUUUAUCAACACUUAAGCAGGACUAAGUGCUUUUUGGACACCCAGGUCAUCAUUAUUUGCUUAAACGUUUAGUUUCUGCAGCAGUCAUAAAAGGAAACUCUUCAAUUCUUGCAGUUACAGGCUGUAAAAAACUUAUUUUUGACAAGUUAGAAAUCAAUAUGGAACUACUACAAUGCUUCCUGUGGUGUUUCAUUUCUAAUAAUACCUAAAUAUUUACAGAAAAAACAGUUGCUGGAUAUAGGUCAGUACACAGACAGAGCUGCAAGUGCAAAAACACAGAAAACAUCAGCGAUAUUCAUUUACUCCCAUGAUAAACAGACCUAAGCUCAGUACUUUGAAUUCUACACUCUGGUUUCCUCAACCAGGAAUGUUUUCUUUCUCAACAUUAGAGGAAAUACAGAUGAAGUAAAUUGGGGCAGAAGACAGGCUGGCUGAUGAGGAAGAAGAGAUGUUAUUUGGCUUUUUUAAGGCAGGUUGUGAUUAAAGUCUUAAACUCCUUCAAAAA